AUGUACUCCAAUUCCCCAGACUCCUACCACCAAUUGCGUAUGCUCAAUUCGUCGGUAAAGUCCUCCAACUUCACCUUGCAGUCCAUGGAGUUCAAGUGCCACGCUUCGACCGUGUCGGAGUACCAGCUUGACAUGCUCCAGCACUUGCUUGAAAUGGAGUCCAAAACGUUGCCCAGCUUAGUUCUCAUUGAACAACAGCCGGAAAUCAAACUUGGCAUGAGGCCCUUGUUGCUCGACUUCUUGAUGGAGGUGAUCACCAUCUUGAACCUCUCCAAGUCCACGUUUCCGCUCACUGUCAACCUCAUUGACCGUUACUGCUCCACGCGUAUCGUCAAGAAGCAGCACUACCAGUUGUUGGGAUUGACCAGUCUCUGGAUCAGCUGCAAGAACUUGGACUCCAAGUUCAAGAUCCCCUCGUUGAACGACUUGAGAAAGAUCUGUGUCGAUAGCUACUACAAGGAGUUGUUCAUCGAGAUGGAAAAACACAUCUUGAAGUCGUUGGAGUGGAUGGUCAGCAGCCCCACCUUCGACUCGUUCGUUGACUUGUACUUGAACAUCUUGAUCAACAACGGCACCAACCCCACGGUGUCCAACUUGAUCAAGAAGUCGUGCCACAAGAUCAAGACUUUGUCGAACUACAUCGGUGAGUUGUUCCAGUUCUACCCCAACAUCUACUUCGACUACACCUCGUCGCAGAUCGGCUUGAUCUGCAUCUUGGUCAGCAUCUUGACCUUGAAGAUCCCCAUUAGCUUGAUCAGCUUGUUGAAUUUCUACAACGACAUCCUUAAACAGGACUCCGACAACGAGACCCACGAGCCUAUUUUGUCGGUGCAGUCGUUCCAAAACUUGUUCAACAAGAACUUCUUCAAGAACUUGAUCAAGAUCUUGGACAACCCUCCUAAGUGCUUGGAAGUCAAGUACUUCAGCGAAGAGAGCAAGUACAGCCAAUUGAUGAAGUCUUUGGUCGAAUGUGCAACCGACUCGUUGACAUCAUUGUUGGAUCCUCCUGUGACCCCAAGAAUGUACGGCCAACAAGACCAAUGUGCCAGAAAGCAGCCUACUCCAAGUGUGCUUCCACUCACGCCUGUUUCCAACAGCACCAGCCCCAAACGGUUCAAUGACCUGAUUUUCUCCGACGAAAAGGCCAUGGUCAAUCCCAACACCCCCUCAUCCAGAUCGAGUCCAGUGGCCACCAUGCAGCCUCCUAGUUUCAAGAAAAGAUCGUUCGAGGACUUGAACGCACUGGACAUGAUCGCAAGUUACGAGCUAGAAACCGCUGACGAUGUCAAGAGAUCCAAGACUGUCGCCAGACCGGUGUUCUUCAUUUAG